AUGGCGGCGGCCAGAGCGGUGCGGACGGCGAGACACCGCGCCAGGGGGCUCUUCGAUAUCUUCGUGGCUGAGGUUCCCUGGACGGUAUCGAGCAAGGAGCUGAAGGAGUACUUCUCCCAGUUUGGGUCGGUCCAGAGGUGCCAGCUGCCGUUCGAUAAAGAUACAGGCUUUCACAGACGUUACGGCUGGAUUAAAUUUUCAACUCCAGAAGAUGUUCAGAAUGUGUUUCAGAAGGACACCCACAUACUUGAAGGUGCCAAGCUCACCCUCAAACAGCAGCUCCAUAGAAGACGCGGUCAAAGAAAGAAUCCAAGUGAGUGAGGAGUGGAAGGAGGCUUUAUUUCACUAAAUGUAAAGAAACUAAAAUAAAGAUUACUGAGAAACUA